AUGUCCGACCAAAACGGCACAGUCAAUGGUACCUCCAAGCCAUCAGUGUUGAUAGUGGGGGGUCUCGGCUACGUCGGCCGCUUCCUGUCCAAAUACAUUCAUUCCCAGAAUCUAGCCUCCAGCGUUCGUCUAGUUGACAAAGUCCUCCCGCAGCUAGCGCAUCUUGCCCCAGAAUUCAGCGAAGCAUGCUCCCCGGACAAGUUCAUACAGGCCGAUGCCUCUCGCGAGACCUCGAUGGCUCGUGUUUUCGAGCACCCCGGUGGACCUGACAGAACAUGGGACUUUGUCUUCAACUGCGCCGGUGAAACGGCUUGGUCGCAGACUUCAGAAAUAUAUAAAUUGCGCUCGUGGCAGCUCAGUGUGACACUGGCGAAUGAAGCAGCGAAACGGGGCGUCAAGUCCUUUGUCGAAGUCAGCACAGGCAUGGUAUAUGCUCCUAACCGUGUCCCACGGAACGAGCAAGACAAGCUGAAACCGUGGCUGAAGCUGGCUAAGGUAAAGCUCGAAGCAGAGCAAGAGCUGUCGAGAAUCCCGGGGUUGAAUUUGGUCAUCCUCCGUCUGGCACACGUCUAUGGAGAGUAUGACUCGAAGUUCAUCGCCAAGGGGUUGUGUCUGGCUCGGGUCUAUCAGGAACAGCAAAAGGAGCUGAAAUGGCUCUGGACCGAGGACUUGAGGAUCAACACAGUUCAUGUGGAAGACGUCGCCCGAGCCUUGUGGGCAGCAGCAGAGUGGAGAUCUCAGAAUUCUACUAUCCCGUCAUCGUCCUCUCCUACAAUCACUCGGAGACCAACCCUAUCAAAAGGAGAGGAUGCCCCUAGCGGCAAUGUGCCUAUCUUUAAUGUUGUGGACCACGGAGAAACAAGCCAGGGCAAGUUGGCCGACAUUGUUUCCAAAGUUUUCGACAUUAAGACGGGGUUCCAGGGGACCAUAAUAUCCUCUUUCGCAAAGAUGAACCUCGAACACGUCGUCGAUGACCUCAACGAGGACAUUCUUCAACCAUGGGCCGAUCUGCUCGAAAAGAAGGGCAUCACGAAACCUGGUCCUCUCAGUCCUUUCUUGGAAAAGGAGUUGCUCAAGGACACAGAUUUGAGUCUCGACGGCAGCUUAUUUGAGCGCGUCGUGGGUUUCAACUACGAGCGGCCCGACGGCCCGACGGUGGAAGGCGUGAGAGAGAUGAUUUCAAGUUAUGAGAGGAUGGGAUGGUGGCCCUGA